CAGUUUCGCUAACAACAGCCGAUUUCGAACUUCUGUGCAAGGACGGCUCGAAAAAGCCCGUGGAAAUGUUCAAAGAAUGCAACUGGGGAGAAGUACCCACUCAUGCUAUUGUCACUAGCUCAGCCACUGAGUUUUCUCUCAAGAGGAAAUUCCAGCUUUUCAUGAGGAAAGCGAUACAACUGUACGGAUCACCGGCGCCAAAUGUAACGUUUCAAACAACGACGUCCAGCUACAAUGGUUUCAACGCUUACAAUGAUUACUCCUCGUCUUCAACGACUCCACCCAGCUUCUCACCAUACACCGAGGCCAAUGUCCUGCCAUUCGUCAACACAACCGACCAUUUGUUCCAUCUGUUCGAGUCGGCUCCACGCUACGGCUACAGGCACAGUCUACUUAUUCAGGACUCGGCAAUCGACUGA